ACAAUGUGACAAAUGAGCCUUAAUAAAUCGACGAGCAAAGCCUUAUCAGUUCCCAACGUAAACCAGAGCGAGUAAGUUACAUAACCCAAGUCAAACAAACAGACCAUAUAACAGACCACACGUAUCCAUGAAUUCAGCACCAUCCACCCCAGCAAAGGUUACCAUUAGCCACAGGCCUCUUUAUAGGGGCAUUUCUCUAUGCUUUAGGCCUUUCUGUAGCAAAUAGAAGAAGAUCAUCACCUCCAUAGGUGAUCUCCUGGACGAUCUCGAACCCACAUGAUUUCCCGCCUAACAAGUGGCAUAAAUUUUGUCCGCACGUUCACCAUCGCCACUAUCACCUCCACUGCGCUCAGUAACAUUCCGCCUCGGGAGAUCCCACCAGAUCUUCAACAUCAUCUGCAACGCCUCGGUGGCAUAUCCCUUUGCCCACGAUUCAAGGGGAAGUGAGUGUCUAAUCUCAGGACAGGGGACUACCAUGUUAACGCUCACGUAGCCAAUGAGUUGCUCUUGCGUUUCAGGAAUCGACUUGUCCAAGAUGGCGAAGUUGAAAGAACGGCCCACGAUAUCUGGGGGCCCCUGUUUAAGUCAUAGAGCGGUAGGCGGUGGUUUCAAUUUGAACAGUGGACAAUUGUGAUGAGGGAAGUUCAUUGUUUUACUCAUGCGCUGCCACUUCUGGCCGCGAACGAAUCGCAAAUAGCGCCACAGCGUCCGAGUCGACCAUAGGACAAAAAAGUAGCCGGCUACUCUCCGCUGAAGGAAGGUGGUUGGAAAUGUCUAAAGAAAUGAGCGUGGGGACUCCCUUGUGCUGAUGUCAUUGUUGCUCGAUAUGGGGUUUGCAUUAGCGAAUAGAGGGAAGAUGCUGUUGGAUAGUGAAAAAAGCGGAAGAGGCUCCUGGCCAGGUAAUAUAUAGGAUAUUUAUAUUAUUGAUCCCAAUUUAAAUCGCUCUAUCUGAUGUAAAUAAACAUAAUUUAUGCUCCCGCAUCGGCCCAAGUCUGUGUCUUGCUACUAGUUCGUCUACAUAACUCUGCAAGAGACAGCGUCUUUGGGACGAGGCCGCCACUCCAUGUAAGUUAUGUAUCUAUGUUUUUAAAAUUGAAACAGAGCCCCUGCGGCUCUUGCUUACCUGAGCCCUUAGUCAGCCCCGCUUAUCCACAUCUCCGCUUCUGUCUGUCCUAUCACAUCCGCCAGCACGUAACAAAGCCAACACGUCAGUGAUCCGCAAUCUAGGCAGCGGGCUAAGCCAUUAGAUCCGCGCAGAGGCCAACUUGCCUCAAAUUAUUUCCGCCGCCCCAUGGACGCCGCCUCUGAAGGUGAGCCCGCACUCCCGCCAUAUCCCUCCCUCCCGCGCAAAAAUCGCCUUUCGUUUCCUCCGGCUUGCCUCUCCAUGUUUCCGACUCUUGCCAGACCAUUGAUUCCGACUAGGGUCAGGACGUCCAACUCCAGCCCCUUGUCUUCCGCUCGCUUUCAGGGUCACAGAGCCAAUAGUUCUUCCGCCUCUGGUCAUCGCGAUAAAGUUUCCUUGGCAGGAUUACAAGAAGCUUCGGGAAAUAUUGAAGAAAGAGGAGAGUGGAAAGCGGAACACGAACGAGGAUUGUACAAAUAACAACACAGACGUAUCUGAAUUCCGGCCCAGUGAAGUCAUCAACGAGGCGCACAACUGAUUUCCCCCUCGCGGUUUGGUCAACCAAACCCAAGAAAUCUUCAGAUGAGGCGCUCUAAAAAGGUGGGAUCACUCAAACGUCGCCCUUCCAACAGGCCGGGCCUGGCCGUCGUAACCGCCGGGGAAAACGGCCACGCCGAGAGUGACAUGAUUUCUACUAUUGAAAUGCGGAGGAAGGACAAUUCCCUCGACUCAGCUCCCUCAGCUACCCAGACAGUCCGGCUCAUGAACAGAUCGGAUUUCUCGCUUAAUCAUGAACCUCCCACACCACAAACUCCAGGCACCACAACUACGAGCUUUGGCGAUCUACCCGUACACGACAAGCGGAAUUUUGUACUAUUAUGUCUUCUCUACUUUUUGCAGGGUGUGCCGAUGGGGCUGGCUGGUGGAUCGGUGCCUUUCCUUCUUAAACCUUACCUCUCCUACGGCCAAAUCGGCAUAUUCUCCCUUGCGUCAUACCCUUAUUCCCUGAAGCUGCUUUGGAGUCCCAUUGUAGAUGCUGUUUGGAGUCGAAGAUUUGGGCGGAGGAAAAGUUGGAUCACGCCCAUCCAGAUGAUAUCCGGUAUUGCAAUGCUAUAUCUGGGAGGUAGCAUUGAUAAAAUGAUGGUAGCUGCUGGCGCAGAUGGUGGUGCAGGUGUUUGGAACUUUACUGGCUGGUGGUUCCUCUUGGUGUUCCUAUGUGCGACGCAGGAUAUUGCGGUUGACGGCUGGGCUAUUUCCCUCUUGUCGGCCCAGAAUAUCUCUUACGCUUCCACGGCCCAGACGGUUGGUCUCACUGCCGGCCAGUUUCUUUCAUACACUGUCUUCUUGGCCUUGAACUCGAAAGAUUUCGCCAACAAAUGGUUCCGCACUCUGGAUGGCAAUACUGGCCUUAUAACCUUGGGCGGUUACCUUACAUUCUGGGGGUGGUUCUAUAUCGUUGUCACGUUAGUUCUAGCUAUCCGGAAGAAAGAGGAGAAAUCCAACGAUCGGGAUGGCAUCCUUGCAGUCUAUAAGAGCAUGUGGGGUGUAUUGAAGCUGAAGAGCAUUCACACCAUUAUCAUUGUCCACCUCAUCGCCAAAAUCGGCUUCCAAGCCAACGAUGCCGUGACCAGUCUAAAACUAAUUGACCAGGGCUUUGGCCAAGAGAACAUGGCACUCGUCGUCCUGAUCGAUUUCCCAUUCGAGAUCGGGUUAGGAUACUAUGCUGGCAAAUGGUCGAACAAGUAUACCCCAAUGAGGCUCUGGUGCUGGGCAUUUGUUGCCCGGCUGUUUGCCGCACUUCUCGCGCAGGCAGUUGUCAUGGUCUUCCCGAGUGGUGGCGGACCAAUGCCGACCUGGUAUAUCCUGGUAGUUAUUGCCGAACAUGUCUUCUCUACGUUCAUGAUGACCGUUAUGUUUGUUGCUGUUUCCGCCUUCCAUGCACGCAUUGCCGACCCCGCCAUCGGCGGGACUUACAUGACCCUCCUCGCAACUGUCUCCAACCUCGGUGGAACGUUCCCCAAAUUCUUCAUUCUCAAACUUGUCGAUCUCUUCACGAGCGCAACCUGCAUACCCCCCACACGAACACCCGCAGGCAUAAAGGAUCCCCUCACGGCGCAAUUUUCCUGCGCGCUUGAAGCGGACAGGCAUCGCUGUGAAGCUGGCAAGGGUGUUUGCCAGGUAUAUCGCGACGGGUAUUAUACCACCAACAUCAUAUGUGUAAUUAUCGGCGCAGUUACAUUUUUCCUAUAUAUCAGACCCGCUGUUCUGAAGGUGCAACAGCUACCACUGCGCGCAUGGCGACUUAACGGCAAUAAUAGACAGGCGUAGAUUUUUGUACUGGUUUCUCUUUUACUCUUUGUUUUCUUCUUCUUUCUCCCUUUUUAAGAGAAAUCAGAAGACUUUUCAUUUUGAUUUGACUGAAUGUUUUACUAUACACCGUUUGUUCAUGUUUGAAAGGCAUAGGAGGCUUUGGUCUGAGAAGGGUUCUUUGCUUUUUGCUACCUUGCCCUUGCGGGUUUCCACCUACCCUAGAUAAACAACGUUAAUGUUUAUUCCCCAGACAGUUCGGUCUGUACUGUACAAUAUUAUCUAUAUAUACUUGAGCCCAUCGAAUUCAAGAGCCCUAUUAACCUCGUUUUAUUAUCUUUCCCCUUCCCUUUUCGACUGUAAGUACGAAGCAUUGUUCCCACACACUAUAAAUCCAUUCUUCCCAACAGGUUACAGAGUAAAUUUUAUAUAAAGCAGCAACGAUGAAAUGAAUCCCAG